AUGAUAUUUCUUAUUAAAAAUACACUUAAUGUAAUAUACAAAAAUUGGAUUGCAAUAUAUUUUUUGGCAUUUAGCACGUUUUCAUUAAUAGGAGGAAGAAUGCAUAAUGAAAUUAGAUUAAACGAUGAAUGUUAUUAUCGUUAUACAGCACAAGAUCACCAUAAAUCUUUUUCAGAUUGGUUACAUCGUAAAAAUUCUUCGCAUUAUUCUCCACUUGUACCUUCAUAUUCACAAGCAUUAUUAAAAUUAGAGGUAGAUAGAUUUAAACAUGGUGAACAAGUAACUAGUGGUGCAUCUGCUUGUAAUGGUAAACAUAAUUCAUUUAUAACACCAGAAACUCCAUUGAGAGAACGAGCAUUAUGCAAGUUUGAAUAUAUAGUUAAUUAUAAUCCAAAGAGAUUGCCUUCAACAUUAACUGAAGCAAGAUGUUCUUGUUCGAGACCUUCAGCAAAAGUUAUUGGUAAAAAAGUAUUUGAAUGUGAGCCAUUACGCUACAGUAUGCGUGUUUUACUUUUUGAUAAUGAUUGCCAAUCAUUUUAUGAAGGAUAUGAAACAAUUGCCUUGGCAUGUAUUCCAGUUAUGCAGUUUCAGGCAUCAGCAAGUUCCAGUAUUGAUACAGAUUUUAUGGUUCCUGUAAAAGCAGACAUACCUACAUAA